CUAAAAUGUACAUGUUGUUCUCUCGUGGACGGUCGGUGGUGGGGAUGAUUAUGAAAACAGGCAUGACUAGCAACACACAGAGAUUAACGUUCUCCAGAACCAAAAUUUAUCCUUCAAAAUGUCGGUUAUUGCAUUCGAAGAGAUCUUCAAUUCCUCAUCAUCAUCCAAUAAAAUUGAAAAACCCUACACUUUCACUGCCUUGCUAAUUCAUGGCUUACUGGGUUGUCGAGACGACUUUGUAGAUUUUGCUAAAUCCCUCGUUUCGUCUCUCUCUACUGAUUGGAGGAUGGUUGUUGUGGAUUUGAGGAACCAUGGAAGGUCGGUUGAUCGAGAAGGUUUAUCCCCACCUCACGACACACCAAAUGCUGCUAGAGAUUUAGCAAAUCUCAUUAAGUCUCUUGAUUGGGCUUGGCCAGAUGUUGUCAUUGGGCAUUCUGUUGGCGGCAAAAUUGCCUUGCAAUUUGCUUCAAGUUGUGCUAAUGGUGAUUAUGGUGAUUCAGCUCAGCUGCCUAAACAGGUGUGGGCAUUGGAUUCUGUACCUGGAAAAGUCAAGAAUAAAAGUCAUUAUGAAGAAAUGGAGAAAGCUUUCCAUACACUACAGACACUUCCGACUCCCAUCCAGUCACAAGAGUGGCUGGUAGAUCAUUUGAUGAAUCUUGGAUUCUCAAAGUUCUUAUCAGAGUGGAUAAGUAGCAGUCUCAAGAAAUUUGGAGAACACAUGACAUUUUCUUUCGAUAUUGAUGGUGUUAUACAGAUGUUUGAAUCCACCAGGAAUAGUGAUUAUUGGUCGUUGCUAGAGGAGCCUCCAAAGGGAAUAGAGAUAUGUGUAGUGCGUAGUGAAAGCCGAGUCACGUGGGACCCGGAUGUGGUCAAGAGGCUUGAGAGUCUUGCUAGCCGGGAAAGUGAUGAAUCAAGAGGCAAAGUCUCGGUUCAUGUUGUUCCUCGUUCCGGACACUGGAUUUACAAGGAUGAACCAAAGAGGCUCUUGGAGGUUAUGACCCCAAAAAUCGCCGCUCUGGUUCUACUUGUAAGUUACCAGCUAGACUAGACUUUUUAGCUAGUCCGACCUGAAUAUUUUGUAUUAACAUCAGAUUUGAUGUUAAAGUUCAUUUGUACAAAUUGGUUUUUCAACUAUGAAUGUAUAUACUUUUAGUUUGAAUUUGUAUAAUAAUAUUUUACAUGUUAUAAUUGUUACUUA